AAGAAUUUUUUGUUUAUUUUCAUGGUUAGCUAACCAGUAGCUGGGUAGCGAUAUAAUUUGCAAAAUAACCAGUUUCCUAGUGUAAUUCAGCCGAAAAAAAAAUUAAAUGUGCUUCUUUGGCUAGAAUGUUUUCGCACAAUAUGUUGAGCUAGUUAAAUCUGGCCAACGAGGGUGUAUAAAAUCUGAAGACCCACUAGCGAGCUAGUGUUAAGUUACAGAAUAUCGUCUUGUUAGCUUACCUGCUAGCUAGCCGAAGGAGCGCUAGCAAGUUAGCGGAGUUAAAUGUAGCUAACGCUGCUAAAUUAUAAUCUUCUGUCACUGCUUCGGGUGUUACUGCGUGGAGAAGUCACUACAAGCCUGUUGCUAAGCCUGGGCCGCUAAUUCUUACUGUAAUUUAAAGCUGCAGAGGAUACAACUGCAAAUCCUCCCCAAGAUUGAAAUUUAAGGAGCAGGAUGUCAAUCACAAACACCCCCACAAGUAACGAUGCCUGCCUGAGCAUUGUGCAUAGCCUGAUGUGCCACAGGCAGGGAGGAGAGAGUGAAAGCUUUGCCAAGCGAGCUAUUGAAAGCCUUGUCAAGAAGCUGAAGGAAAAGAAAGAUGAAUUGGAUUCCCUCAUCACAGCCAUUACCACCAAUGGAGCUCAUCCUAGCAAGUGUGUGACCAUUCAGCGUACUUUGGAUGGACGCCUGCAGGUUGCAGGGCGCAAAGGCUUUCCCCAUGUAGUCUAUGCCCGGCUGUGGAGAUGGCCUGAUCUACACAAGAAUGAAUUAAAGCAUGUGAAAUAUUGCCAGUAUGCCUUUGACCUGAAAUGUGACAAUGUAUGUGUCAACCCAUACCACUAUGAGAGAGUUGUUUCCCCAGGCAUUGACCUAUCAGGACUGACCCUUUCAAGUUCAGGCCCACUACUGGUUAAGGACGAAUAUGACUUUGAUAACCAGCAAUCUCACUCGAGCUCUGAGAGCCAUCUUCAGACUAUCCAACAUCCCCCGUCAAGGCCAGGCCCACAGGAGAGCUUCAGCACGCCAGCUCUGCUUCCGCCAUCGGAAGCCAGCAGUUCAGCCUCCACUUCUGCUUUCUCUAGCAUCACUGCUGGACCUUCAAAUCCGACCCCUAGUUGGAGCAGAAACAGCAGCUUCACCCCGACUGUGCCUCAACACCAGAAUGGCCAUCUACAACAUCAUCCACCCAUGCCUCAUACAGGGCAUUACUGGCCUGUUGCCAAUGAGAUUGCGUUUCAACCCCCCAUAUCCAAUCACCCAGCCCCUGAAUACUGGUGCUCCAUUGCUUAUUUUGAGAUGGAUGUCCAAGUUGGAGAGACAUUCAAGGUGCCCUCCAACUGCCCCAUAGUGACAGUGGAUGGCUAUGUAGACCCCUCUGGAGGGGAUCGAUUCUGCUUGGGUCAGCUGAGCAAUGUCCACAGGACAGAAAAUAUUGAGAGAGCCAGGCUUCACAUUGGCAAAGGUGUGCAGCUGGAGUGCAAAGGUGAGGGAGACGUCUGGGUGCGCUGUUUAAGUGAUCAUGCAGUGUUUGUGCAGAGCUAUUACCUGGAUCGAGAGGCUGGACGGGCCCCUGGAGACGCAGUUCACAAGAUCUACCCCAGCGCUUACAUCAAGGUGUUUGACUUGCGUCAGUGCCACAGGCAGAUGCAGCAGCAGGCAGCGACAGCCCAGGCAGCAGCUGCAGCCCAAGCAGCAGCGGUGGCUGGGAACAUUCCAGGCCCUGGCUCCGUGGGAGGCAUUGCCCCUGCCAUCAGUUUGUCUGCAGCUGCUGGCAUCGGGGUUGACGACCUGCGCAGGCUGUGCAUCUUGCGGAUGAGCUUUGUGAAGGGCUGGGGGCCCGACUACCCACGGCAAAGCAUCAAGGAGACGCCAUGCUGGAUCGAGAUCCAUUUACACCGCGCUCUACAGCUACUGGAUGAAGUUCUGCACACCAUGCCCAUCGCUGACCCUCAACCUCUUGACUGAGUUAAAAGGCAUGAACUGUGAAAAGCAGGCUCUGUACUCUGAACCGACCACUCCACCUACAGGACUGUAGUGCCCAAGAAGCGCUGCAAUCGCCGGGCUGCUGCUUAGCUGAGUAGGAUGUAGGAGUAGAAACAUGGACAUUAAUCCUCAUUCAUUGGCUCUCUGGUGCUGAUAUGGCUUAUUUUUUGUUGGGGGGUGGGGGUGGGGUCAGGACGUUUAUGUAAAAUCAUGUUAUCUGUUACUUCCCGUUCUUGUAAAAUGUAAUCUAGAAUAAUUUGGCAAGGCUGACAGUCCUUGUGUGAUGUUUUUUUUUUUUUAAUUCAUAUUUCCUGUUGAGUAGGUCCACACCUCUGUAAUGAAUUGAGUAUUUGGAAAGCCCAUUUGAACUGACCUCAGCUUGUCUUGUAACACCAGAAGACAGUUCUGUUCCUCUACCACUAGUCGAGGCUGGUUUGACAUUACAAUGAGAUAUUAUUCAAAACCCAAAUGUAAGGGUCAUUUAGAUUAUGAAAGAUUUUCAAAUGAAGAUUAUCACACAUUUGCUGACUAUUGGUAUAAUUUGUAACAGUCCUUUUCCUAAUUAGAUUACCAUCUAGUGUCCAUCAGCACUUUAUUAAUUUGCUAAAUCUUUUCAGUAUUUUGUCUUGUCUCAUAGUUGUAUGUGUGGUUGUACUGUAUCCAUGUAAUCUCCUAUCAUAGAUGACGUUUUUCUUGCUAGUGACUUUGGUGAGAUCCGAGGAAGAUGUGGUUUAACAUGCCUCUCAUCAUCCAUUUGGUUUGAGUAUUAUUUGAACUUAUUGACACGUUCUAGAAAAUAGUAAAUAAACUGUGAGAGGAAGUGUAAGCCAUAUUGAUGCCAAAUAUACCCUAUGAAAAGUGAAAAACAAGUAAUCAGACUGCAGUCCUGUCAGUGUUACAUGUCACUUGUAAAAAGUUAUUAAAUUACCAACUGAAUUAGCACUAUUGAUCAAACAAUAUUUUGAUAUUUGGGUCUCCAGUGUCUGUUUACCUACAGCUGUUGCAGUGUUUUAUACUCUUUUUGCUACCUUUACAGUGAUGAACAACUGGUCGUUAAUGGAAAAUGCUUAAAAAAUGCUGUAAAAAUUUUCAGGAAAUGCAAGUGCUUGUUCUUUAUCAUGUUUAUUCUACAAUGUAUGCUAUACAUUCUGAAUACAUACUGAGUUUGAAUGAUGUUAGUGUUUAUAUGUAUGAAUAUGGCUAAUAAAAUUAAUGGGCUGACA